AUGAUGGUGUAUGCACAUUUGAUCUUCCUAUCUACCUUCCUCUUGGUUUCCGUGACAUCUGAAACAUUUGAUGCAAUGGAAGGUGAGGCUUUGGUUAUAAAAUGUCCUCGAUGGAGUUCAUCUGUGAAAGUCACCUGGUAUCACAUGGACACAAACAAAAUAAUUCCUGCAGAAGAAGAGGGAUCACAAAUAUUUUCCUUAGAACGAUUUCUUUGGUUUCUGCCAACUUCUAGAGAGCAUUCUGGAAACUACACUUGUGUUAUACAUUUUUCAAAUAAUCGCACAAGGUCAUUCAACAUGAGCGUGCAGGUGCAUCCAUACAAGCAAGGAGUAUGUUUCCCAAGUCGGAUUCGUUAUCCAAAUGACACUGGAAGAGGAAAAGUUGUUUGUCCUACAAUUGACAAUUAUAAGAAUGCUACUAUCAUCCAGUGGUAUAAGGACUGCAGACCUCUUCAGGGACAGAGAUACUUCAAGGGAGAAAAGUAUAUUUUUAUUAACAACCCAAGAAAGGAGGAUGAUGGUUAUUAUACUUGUCGAUUUAGCUACACUCAUAAAGGAAAUGUGUUUAAUGUAUCAGCAACGAGGAUUUUCAUAAGUAAGGCAAAACACUCCCCUCUACCUCCUAGAAUUUUAUUUCCAAAGGACAAAGAUGUAAUUGAAGUGGAGCUUGGUGCUCCUUUGUCUCUGAAAUGUCAGGCCCGCUUGGGAAUUAAGAAACAGCCAAUGGCUGUUGUCACAUGGGAUGUGGAUAACAUCCCAGUGAAAUACUUACGUGUUUCAAGAUUCCACGAAAAAACUCAUUCUUUUGAAGGACGUGAGCAAGAUUAUUACAAAGAGACUGCUUUGCAUAUUACUGAAAUAAAAAAGGAGGAUCUGCAGGCAAAUUUCACGUGUGUAGCAGUGAAUGAAAUGCACAACACAAGAGCCACAGUGACGUUGCAACUCAAAGCACAAUUGGGUCUUCCUAAUGUCCUCUUGAUCAUAGGAUCUCUAGUUCUGCUGGUUGCAAUAGCAGUCUCCAUUAUACUUUAUCAGUCCUUCCGAGUUGAUAUCGUCCUGCUGUAUCGGGAAAUAUUUCAGCCCUACUCAAUCAAGGAUGAUGGGAAGAUAUAUGAUGCAUACGUUAUCUACCCCAAAAACCACACCAAUGAAGCUAAUUUUGUGGAAUAUUUUGUUUACCAAAUAAUGCCUGAUAUUCUAGAAAAUAAAUAUGGAUAUAAACUGUGUAUUUAUGGGAGAGACAUACAUCCCGGAGAAGAUACAGCCAGUGCAAUUGAGAAGAGUAUACAGAAGAGCAGACGACUGAUCAUCCUUCUAACACGGCAGCUGAUUAAUUGUAAAGAACAUGCUUAUGAUCAACACAUUGCUUUAUACAAUGCCCUCAUUCUAAACGAUACAAAGGUGAUCCUGCUGGAAAUGGAGACAAUUGGGACUUACGAGAAGCUUCAGGAGUCUCUUAGGUUUAUUAUUAAGCAGCAAGAUGAAAGUUCAGAAACUUGGGAGUAUUUCAAAAGGAUAUGA